AUGCAUCCGUUCUCCAUCCUGACGCUCGGCAUCUUUGUAGCUGGCUACAUCACCGCCCGCUGGGACCUCGUCACCCGCCUGUACGAGCUCGCCAUCUUUGCGGCGGAAUACGGAGUAGUGAUUCGCGUUGCCAGGGGCGUCGUCGGCUUGACCGCUCUGUUUCUCACCAUAUUCCUCCCCGUCGUGUUUCUCGCGCGCAAGGAGACCCAUCUGGUGAGCAUCCCGAGCCCGGCCCCCUCGACCUUGUUCGUCGCUGAGCCUCGGCAGCACCCCCGCGCGCCCGGAUUCGGCCUCUCGGCGCGAGAGCAGCUCCGACGGCGCGGCUCCUUUUGA